UUCUUCGCGUGCAGAUUCUUUUGUUCUCUUUGAUCCGGGAGUCCAGCACAAAGGAAGGAGACAUCAAUUCACAAAAACGGCAACACUGUCCCCAUGUAGUUCGAAAAUUUCGGGAUCAUGAAUAGCAGAGCUUUCGACAAAUGAGUUUCGUUUCUGUAAGAAUGCUCUGUGGUGGCUUUGUAACUGCAAUGAUCUCAAGAAAUUUCGAUUGCAGUUAUGGAGCCGUUACUGUAUACAGUAAGUCUUCCUCUAUGAGAUGAAUAAACCUGCUAUGUUAUUGAGGAAACAUAGAUACAUGAUGUAUAGCUUCGAAGGAGAUUACAGACGUAAACCACAACAAAAUUUAGCCGGUGCGAGCAGGAGAGAUGAUAAAGCGGAAAAGUCACUACUAUUGCAACAUGCCCAAUUGGAACGUUUAAAACGAGAGCAGCAGCGCAGAAGACACUAUGCAGCCUUGAAAAUUCAAGCGUUCGUUUGCGGUUUCAUUGUUAAGAAGCGUACGAAGAUAAUCGUGAGGAAAGAAUUUGACGAGUUGCAACAAACCACUGGUCUUCGAAAUUUUAAUUUGGAGGACUUGAUAGUGUAUUUUCGAAAAUUAUUAUUCUUUUACGAUUUUUCUCUGGAUACCGGUAGACUGGUGUGGAUGUUGCAACAUUUCUUAAAGCAUGAACAAGAAAUCAAACAGAAGUGUGUAAAUUGCCCCGAAUGGUUGUGGAGACUAAGAUGGAUGCUUCGCAUGUGUAUGCAACACAAUUCAGAAGCCCUAAUACAUGGAGCCUUAUACAGCUCACUGGCAAUACCAUUGAGGGCUUUAGAAACAUUUACUAGUCGAGAGGAUACAGAAAAGACUUUAGGAGAACACAGUUAUAAAUAUUUAGAAAUAAUCUUUGUAUAUUUGAUAAAACACAAAUAUUUUGAUCGAUUAAGGAAAUUAAUAGAUGAAAAAGUUCCACCUAUGUUAGAGCCCAGCUCUGUUGCGGCAACCCCACUAUCAAAAUAUCUAGUGGACAUGAUAAAACGUCCAUUGGAUUUAAUUGGAUACCUAGAUCAAAAGGACGAUUUUGCCGAGCUCGUCUUAAAGGAGCUCUGUAGAAGCAUAUUAUCGCCGAAAAUGUCCGAUUCAAUUCGGAUGUUUAUUAUUCCAUCUCUGGCUGAAUAUAAAGAAUUUCCAUACGAUCAGCUGAUCGACUGCAUCAACAGAGUUCAAAUAGAGUGUACUAUGAGUUUAUUUUAUUCCGUUUUAUCUUUAGAAUCAAAUCGUUUGUCGACAUACAAAUCGAAGGACGUUCUAAUCAAUUACCUGCAAGUUCUCGCCGGGAUAAGCUCGAUGAUAGUUCCUUUGGCUACCGAAGAGAACAUAGAUCAAGCGGAUGAUUCAGACACUGAGUCAAAUGCUAGCAUGAUCGACGAAGAGCAAGCUGACAUUCUGCACCAGUGCCUGGAAAUGUUGAACGAGCAGCACCGUGUUCAGGAGAUACUGUCAGCGGUGGAUCGAACUAAAGAUCCGGCGGUGUUGCAACCACUGUGCCAACUAUGCCAUCAUUUGCUGAUCACCAACAAACUAGCCACACAUAAGUAUAAACUGUUGUACAUGCUCGCGUUCAGACCAAUAUUCCUGAAAAACUUAUGGAACGCUCUGUUAUCAGUUUCUCAAGUGUCGUUGUUCAGCGGAGCAACACCGCUGCUGCAGAUCAUGUCGCACGGGCUCGGUCUUUCGAGCGAGGACACGAAAAAGAUCGUUCCGCUUCUAGUCGUGUUUUGUUCGCUAUUUAGCUUGUUAAUCGCCACGUUACACGACACAGAGUUUUUCGUUGAAACGACGGCGACGACGAUGAGUGAGCAAACGUUAGAUAUGAACGGGCCGCAAGCUAUGCCGUUCACGAUCUCAGAGCUGGUGAUGUUGUCCAGCCAUCUGAAAGGUGUUUGCUUAGGCUUGGUGGAAUUAGCGUUCCCUGAUAGCAAACCGACCGUGCGAAACGAUUACAAGGAUGCGGUCCUCGGGUCAUCCUGUCCGGUACCGAACCAGCAGGACACCAAAAUCUGGACGCACCUGUUCAAGGUAACCGUCGGCCUAUUACGCCAGCUGUACACCAGGGAUCUGAGACAGCAAUUUUGCCCGGAGGGACACUGGUUCGCCUCGAACAUCCUGAUACCCAUCGACAAACCGCAGAAUUUCACAUUCGAUAGACGUCGGCUACGGGAAUAUGUCCCGUUUCAAGGGCUCCGAGUAUUCACCAGAGAGAAACUGGAAGAGGGCCCGCCAUUGUCCUCAAGAGAAGUUCGAACGUUGACGCUGCUUCGCGAGAUACCGUUCGUCGUGCCGUUCAACGACCGUGUGAUAGUGUUUCAGUCAUUGAUCUAUCGGGACAAGUCAGAACUACAAGGUGAAAUGACACACUUCUUGCAAGGACCGUCGAUCACGAUAUCGGUAAGGAGAAACUACCUCUACGAGGACGCGUUCCAAAAGUUGUCACUGGAGAAAGAGCCAGAGUUACGACUGAAAAUGCGCGUGCAAUUGGUCAAUUCCGCCGGACUGGAGGAAGCCGGCAUAGAUGGCGGCGGCCUGUUCAGAGAGUUUCUAUCGGAAUUGUUGAAAACCUGUUUCGACCCCAAUCGGGGCUUUUUCAGGCUCACCAAGGAUAACAUGCUGUACCCGAACCCGACGGUGCAAUCGUUGGUCGACGAUUUCCCGAAGCAUUAUUAUUUUAUUGGUAGGAUAUUCGGCAAGGCUCUCUAUGAGAACCUGUUGGUCGAGCUUCCGUUCGCGGAGUUCUUCCUGUCGAAGAUCGUUGGCCUUCAGUCGAACGUCGACGUGCAUCACUUAUCCUCGUUGGACCCGAUCAUGUACAGGAAUUUAUUAUAUCUUAAGAGUUACAAAGGCGACGUCGCCGAUCUUGGCCUGGACUUCACGAUUCUGUCGGACGAGCUGGGCGAACGACGAGUCGACGAGCUGAAACCAAGUGGCGCCGACAUACCGGUGACCAAUCACAACCGUAUCGAGUACAUCCAUUUGAUAGCUGACUACAAGUUAAAUAAACAAAUCCGGGCGCAGUGUUGCGCAUUCAAACAAGGCAUCAGCAGCGUGAUCUCAAUGGACUGGCUCCAGAUGUUCAACAACAAGGAGCUGCAAGUUCUGAUAUCCGGUGCCCAGAUCCCGGUUGACGUCAAUGACUUGAAGUUGCAUACCAACUACACCGGAGGCUACGCUCCCGAGCAUCCUACCAUCACCGCAUUCUGGAAGGUUGUCAACGAGUUCAAUGACCAACAGAAGAGUCUGUUGCUCAAGUUCGUUACCAGUUGUAGUCGACCACCGCUGCUUGGAUUCAAAGAACUCGACCCACCAUUUUGCAUUCAACAAGCUGGCAGCGUAGAUCACCUGCCGACCUCCAGUACCUGUAUGAAUUUGCUGAAACUCCCAGAGUUCCCGGACGAGAAGACUCUACGCGAGAAACUUUUGUAUGCUAUACAAGCCGGCGCGGGCUUCGAACUGAGUUAAGUUCCGUGUCCUUGGAUUCUCACGAGCGAAUUCUUUUUAGUUAAAUCGGUACCUGAUACCUGACUCUGUGUACAUAAAAAGAAAAGAGAAUUGUAUGCGUAAUCGGAGGACCAAUCCGUAAACACAGACGUGGAGAAAUACGACCACGCUCUUCUUAAGAUGUAUUUAUUUUUCUUUCUCCAAUUUACAAGAAUAUAAUCAAGAUACUUUUACAAAGGUAACGAAAAAUUACCAGGUGGGGUGUGGAAGAAAGCUUUUAUACGGUGUUGGUUUACACGUUAACGCGGCUCUUUGGGACCCAUCGCGUCUGUGGUUACAGAUUGAGUGCGUCUUCGAAAUCUGAAUGCAAAUGUUGUAAUAUUUUAUUAACGGUAAGAGCGAUACCUUUACCAAGUGCUCCAAGUGUGUAUCGUGUUCUCGUCAUCUAGCGAAUCAGAAACCUCUUGUUUCUAUUCGAAUCGCUCUUUCGCCCACAUGAUAGGUCGAUGUUAGCGUUUCGUAGUGGGAGCAGAACAUUUUUAAAGAAUUUCAACAUUGGGUUGGUUCGUCCUGUUCGGUACAUGUAUACAGUUCACGCGUUGUCCGUUCAACAUCGAAUUAAAGCGAACCACGGAUGCAACGACAGUGUGCUAUGACGUGUCCUCAAUGACGAAUAAUAUUUCAAAAAUCAUAGGUAAACGAAGAAUUUUCUACGAAAUUGUUUAAUAACUGGUGACAUCGUUUACAAAAUUUUCAAUUAUAAUUUCGACAUAAGGGAAAUGAUUAAAUUGAUUUUUUUACCAUUAUAGUGUCAUUAAAAAGUCUAUUUUUAUAAUUAUCAAGCAUACUGGCGAAAGAUAAUGCUUUUGAUUACUCAGUAGCUCUAGCAUAAACAUAUUCGAACGAAAUAUAAGAUAACGAUUGCAAUUACGAACUUUGAGUCAAGAUGUCACACUUAGCGCAUACUUCCUUGUCGCAUAACGUUCCCAACGUGUUGUGUUUCACUUUAAUGUUAAGUUCGAAGUUCGACGGACAAUGCCUACAUAUACACGUGUAUGCAGACACAAGCAUAUGUAUAUGAUAUCUAUGCAUAUACGUAUAUACAUGUACAUUUUUUUGUUAUAACUUCUCUGCCCUUGGUAACAUUUCUGUCUACAACUGUAAAUUGUGUAUAUUUUUAUGUUUUGUAUUCGCCACGAAAGUCGUGCGACGCUAUAUCCGCAUGGAGUUUACAUGACAGGAUAGGAUAUAUGUAUUUAUAAAUUCGUUAAUAUAGCGUGUAAAUAAAAAAACCGAAGUCCUCGAGUGUUACACACAUUUAUGGAAAAAUACAUAAUUUGAACGUUA